AUGCGUUCCGCUGUCAUCAUCGCUGCCGUGGCUGGCAUGGCCGCUGCCAAUCCCAUUGUCGCCCGCGACACAGCCGCACAGGACGGUAUUGACUUCGACGUCUUCGAUGCCGCCCCCGAACCCACCAAGAUCGGCCCGGCCGUUGGUGUCGCCAGCGAGAAGGCGACCUACAAUGUUGCUUCCGCGUCGGCGGCCGCUGCCGCAGACGCCACCCAGAACCCCGUCUCGCCGGACUCGACUCUCGCAGCUCGCGACAACGCUUCACCCAAUAACUCAGGAUGCAAGACCAAGGAGCCCACUGGUUAUGGGCCUACGCCAACUUCUGACACUUACGACGCAUUCAUGGCGAACACCGUCUACGACUCCGUUGCCAGCGCCGCCCCUACUAUUGAUGGAUACAGUCGUUCCUUCAAGGCUUUGACGGGGGCCCUUGAAAGCAAGACUUACAUCAGUUUUACCACAUUGAAGACCUACGACCCCUACCUGUGCCAGCAGCAAUGCGAUGCUGCUCCUUUCUGCUACGCCUUUAACCUCUACUAUGAGAGAGAUCCCUUCUACUCACCGGACUAUGACAUCUGCCAGGACCCCAAGAGCACCAUCAACAUCAAGUGUAGUCUUUUUGGUGCUCAACUCGAUUCCAACUCUGCUACGAACGUUGGACAGUGGAGAGCCGAUUUCCAUGUCGGUAUCAAGGGUUCCAACGGCUACAUCAAGGACGCGCCGCCUCCACAGCAAGAAGGCUUCUCAGGACCCAUCGCGCUUGGUGGCGCCAUCAACGCCCCCGGCAAUUACAUGGGAGCCAAAUACUACCCUGGUCCCUUCAACCCCGGCCAGUGCGCCGCUGCUUGUCUGGCGACUACCGCCUAUGACAAGAGACACCCCAAGUCCGACGGCACUUACGAUGCCUGCAACUUCUUCAACGCCUACGUCCUUAGCAAGAACGGCGCCCCUCAGGGAACCUACUGCUCCAUGUACACUGUGGUUUGGGACAAGAAGUACAGCACCAACUACGGCCAGUACCGCGGCAGCGACCGCUACACUGUCUCGCAGAGCUACAGCUACAGCCUCACCAACCAGGACAGUGGUAAGCUUUGA